AUGGAGGUCAACUUUCUCAACUCGCUAAAUGAUGCUCAACUGAGAGGUCAGACGCGACCUUCUAUAUCCGUCAUCAUUCUAUUGACAAGGACUACUCUUGUAGCCGUAAAGUACUGGCCAGAGACCCCUCUACAGAUUCUUGCAGGCCCAGGCAGUGGUAAAACAAAGGUCCUGACAUCUAGAAUUGCACAUCUAAUUCUCAAUCACCAUCUGCCACCAUUCUCUAUUUGCGCUGUUACAUUUACCAACAAAGCUGCAAACGAAAUGCGGGAACGACUGACGAAACUGAUCGGAAAGGAAAGGACGUCACAACUCAGAAUGGGAACUUUCCACGCUCUUUGCGCAAGAUUUCUCCGGAAAUAUGCGCACCUCGUCAAGCUUGCUGAAAACUUCACUGUAUGCGACGCAGAGGAAAGCAAAAAAAUCAUUCAGGCACUCCUCAAGCCCUACACCGCCUAUCUCGCCUCGGAAAACCUCGAUCUUCAGCCUGGACGAGUAGUCUCUUCGAUUUCCAAAGCCAAAUCGAAAGAACAAUCAGGUUCUGUUUUCCUUGAAGAGGUGAUCAAGGCCGAGAGAAGGAUUAGGCAAAGGAACGGACUCCCGCUUGGCGACGACGUCGAGGAAAAGAAGACGAUCGACCGCAUCAUUGGCGAAAUCUUCUUGGAAUACGAGAAAACGCUGAAGCGAAACAACGCCUUGGAUUUUGACGACCUUUUGACAUAUGGCGUUAAACUAUUUACGAAAAAUGACGAGACCGUCAUAUGGUGUCGGCAUAUUCUAGUUGACGAAUUCCAAGAUACAAACAUAACGCAGUAUAAACUUAUGAGAGCUCUCGCAAUCGCCCGAUGUGUUACCAUCGUCGGGGAUCCUGAUCAAUCCAUCUAUGGCUGGCGCUCUGCAGAAGUGGGAAAUCUUUCGAAAAUGAGAAGAGAUUUCCCGGACACGGAACAAGUUCUAUUAGAGGAGAACUACCGUUCUACAGCUGCGAUUCUCAAGGCCAGUCUUGCAAUCAUAUCUCAAGACAAAUCGCGCAUACAGAAGUCACUUCACACCUCCCAUCCAAAUGGCUUCACUCCUGUCUUAUAUCAAGUCCAGACAGAACAUGAGGAAGCAGCUUUCAUCGCGAUCGAGAUGAAGAGGUUGGUGGCCCACAUGGGUGGGGCACUUAAUUGGGGAGAUUUUGUGAUACUCCUCCGUUUUAACGCCUUAUCGCGGGUUAUUGAAACCGCGCUGCAAAAAGAGGGUAUCCCAAGCAGGGUGCUUGGUGGUCACAAGUUCUUUGAACGAUUAGAGGUCAAAGAUCUUUUGGCAUACUUGCAGGUUGUGGACAACCCAAACUUUGUUCCUGCGUUCAAGCGAGCGGUUAACGUUCCCGGUCGGGGGAUCGGGGAGAAGACGGUGGCAGAGCUCAUUGGGAGGGCGGAAAAGUCAAAUCAGUCUCCACUCGCAAUCGUUGAAGCAAUUUGCGACAAUAAGGCCCCCGAUAUCAAACCAGCCGUGAAACGAAAAGUCGCUCCGUUCGUGACUGCUAUACGAAGCUUGCGCGCACAGGCUCAUAACAGUUCGUCACCUGCAGACCUUGUCCGCAAACUGGUUGACUUGAUCAAGUACGAGGACCAUCUCAAGAAGACUCAGUCAGACUGGGAAAGUAGAUGGGAGAACGUCAAGGAACUGAUCACUUUCGCCAGCGAGAUGGAAGCUCAAAACCAGGCUGAAGAGGCUGCAGACGCCGUAGCUGGAGGAGACAAUUCGAUUGAGAUGAGCACCACCCCUCUGCGGCAAUUCCUACAAGCUUCGAUGUUGUCCUCUGAAGGGGAUAAUCAAUCCGAGGAGGGAAAUAAAGAUAAAGUGACAAUAUCGACUUGUCAUUCUGCGAAAGGCCUUGAAUGGCCGGUGGUCAUGAUCCCUUCCGUCGACCAAAAUACUUUUCCAUUUUACAGAAGUGAGGACACUGCGGAAGAGAGGCGCCUUCUAUACGUAGCUUGCACUCGGGCACAGUCACUUUUAUACGUCAGUCGAGCAACAACACGGAUGGUGGCAGGGGAGACAAAAUCAAAAGAGCUCUCAGAGUUCAUUUCGUCUGUUCUGAACGAUAACGGUUUGAAGAAUGAAAUGGCUUUCUUUUCUCAACAAAUUCCGUUUUUUACGCAAGAGGAUCGAGCUACCAUCGCCACAGUCUUACAAAGACCCCCUCCAGAGGAAGCUGAAGUACAACGAAGAGUCGCAACCUUUGAACGGAGUGGGCGAGAACAUCCUAUGCAAAUAUAUUGGGGAGGAGGCCAUCAUGUCGCUCCCUCACGCCCCAAGAAUGCAUACUCUAUUGGCAAUGCUUCUUAUGUAUGGUCUGCUGGCGGUGGCGGCAUCACCAAUGUACCGCAGCCAGGUUUUAUUAGGCCAGCCAUUCCGACGCCCCCCGCCACUUCAAAAUCAGGUUACGUUUCACUUUCUUCUAGCAGUGGUGGUGAAAAUCGGAUUCUUGGGACAUCCAGUGCUCCCUUUAUUCGGCUCCAAGACCCGUCCUCCCGCCCCACCAACCGGGCAAGAGAAGUACAAGUCGCUUCGUCCUCCAAAACAACUAUGUCAGCAAUGCCAUUAUGCAUGCCCUCAUCCGAUGACAACUUGGGCAAUUGGAACGCUUCUAGCCCUUUAGCCAGGGACGCAACACAACCCCCUUGUUUUCCAUCUUCACUGGAUCACAAUUUUUAUGACUCUUCACCUAUGAGGCCCUCUUCCUUCCAUUCAGCUUCGAGGCAGCCCCGAAGAGCACCGCAAGCAAUUGAAAUCAUGGAUAGCAAUAAACCUGCAUUGCCUCACACACUUUCACGAAGGGAACCCAAAAUACCACAAGUUGCACCUGCCUCACCAAAAAUAUUUGAUGAAGAUCAACCACCAACUCUGAGAACACCCUUGGUGGUUUCCACGCCAAUGACGCAGUCUUUACAACCCACUGCACUAGCGCUACAGAAGACGGGCGUGAAGCAACCACAAAUUGCGCCAAUAUUUGAUGAAAAUCAACCACCUGACACUAUCGCGACUCCGAUGCCAAUAUCAAGACCUGCCCAACCGAUUGUACCAUCAGCGCUACCGAAGACGGGCGUGAAACGGCGAUUGGGGAUGGGACGAAUUACGUCAGGCUACUCGAACAAGAAAUUUAAGCCGCCAGCGUGA